GUGCUAAGAAAAAAGUUACAUCUUUUUCAUCGCAUUGGUUUGUAGUAGAGAUUUACAGUUUUUCAGUGCCGAUCUAGGUAUUAACGUACUGUACUUCAUAAAAGUACAAGAUUAACAAUACCAUAACGAAUGGAUGCAAGAAACUGUAUCUGACGGAACGCUUUUAAAGGUAAUAAAUAUAUUGCAAUAUGACACAAUAUCUACCGCCGAAUCUCUUGGCGUUAUUCGCCGCAAGGGAUCCAAUACCAUUUAUGCCGCCGGUGGAUAAGCUGCCACACGAAAAGAAAUCACGCGGCUAUCUGGGCGUAGCCAAUUUCAUGACCGACUUUGAAGAUCCAAAAGAUACGCCACUUCCGAAAACAGUUGAGACACGGCAGGAACGUUUGGAGCGAAGACGACGUGAAAAAGCAGAGCAGGUAGCCUACAAACUAGAACGUGAAAUAGCGCUUUGGGAUCCAACUGAAAUCAAAAAUGCCACAGAGGAUCCAUUUCGAACUCUUUUCGUAGCACGCAUCAACUACGACACGUCAGAGUCGAAACUGCGCCGCGAGUUUGAGUUCUACGGUCCCAUUAAGAAGAUUGUGCUCAUUCAUGACCAGGACUCAGGUAAACCCAAGGGCUACGCCUUUAUUGAGUAUGAACACGAACGUGACAUGCAUGCGGCUUACAAGCACGCCGAUGGUAAGAAGAUUGAUAGCAAGCGUGUACUGGUUGAUGUGGAGCGUGCCCGUACGGUCAAGGGCUGGCUGCCGCGACGUCUGGGCGGUGGUCUCGGUGGCACAAGACGGGGCGGCAACGAUGUAAACAUCAAGCAUUCAGGUCGCGAGGACAACGAGCGAGAAAGGGAGCGGUAUCGCCUAGAACGCGAGCGCGAGGAUCGAGAGGUUGCGCGUGGAGUCAACAAUGGUGUAGAUGCCCGAGGAGGACGCUAUGGGUCAGCAAUACCUGGGGCUCCUGCUGAUAGACGUCGCUCAAGGUCUCGUGAUCGCAGGGAAAGAGAACGACGCGCCGGUAGCAGGGAACGCGGUCGGCGCUCCCGCAGCCGCUCAAGAGAGCGUAGGAAACGACGCGCCGGCAGCAGGGAACGUGACUAUGACCGAAGAGAUCGUGAUAGAGAACGUGACAAGAAAAAGAAGCGUUCCAAAUCUCGCGAUCGUGAAUCUUCACGGGAACGCCGUGAGCGGAAGCGUGAGCGUCGGGAUCGCGGAGCUGGCGAUCGUGAUGUCAAGGAACGCAAACCAGAUUUCCGCGAUAUGGACAUGGUUAAAAUCAAAGAGGAGCCUAUUGACGAUGGCUAUCCUACGUAUUCAAUGAACGACUAUCAGAACACGGCCAUUAAACGUGAGGUCGAUGACGAGCACGAGGAGAAAUACCGACCGCCUCCACCUCUUAAUAUGUUUAGUGUGCCACCACCCCCGAUCAUAGGGCGAAAUAACAACAAUAGCAGCAGCAACAACGACAACGGCCAAAAUUCCGGCGAGCAGUCUUGGUGGCGUUAAUUUGUGGAAUAUCUAUCCUUUGGUAUUAAUAAGUCUUAAAGUAUGCACUGAUUUAACAAUUUUAAUGUCUUGCGCUCCAUGGGUUAAAUUUCUGAUGUGGAGCUGCUGCUGCUCUGGUAAUAUGUGCAAAAUAAUUGUAACUCUUUAUUGAAUUUAAAUUAUUCCCCCUCCUCCCUCCCUUCACGCUCAAUUGAAUUCCAUAGCAAAAAGCCAGCGACGAGUCGGCGAACAUAAAACCAGAAAUCAAAUGGCUUGGAUAUUAUUUAUUAAAUGAUGCCGUAAGUCCUGGUCGCAUUUCAAAAUAAUCUCAAAACGGAAGCGUUUUAGCUUACUACAAACGUUUUAAUAUUCACUAAAAGAAGAGACAAAAAGAAACCCCAAGUAGAGAAAACAGCCACAAAUCGAAAUUCAACUAAAGUGCAUAGCUUAAAUACGUUUAAAUAUAUAAGUAACUUAACUAAAAGAAAAAUGAAAAGUAAGUAAAAAUAAAGCAGUCUUCAUGUG